CUUUUGCUAUACUCAUCUACAACUCCUCUACACACCCCAAUCAAUCACAAUGGCCCAGGAACGCGCUCCCCUCCGUCUCGGCUCCGUUGCCCCCAACUUCGAUGCUCAGACCUCUACCGGUCCCAUCACCUUCCACGACUUCAUCGGUGACAGCUGGACUGUCCUCUUCUCCCACCCCGAUGACUUCACCCCCAUCUGUACCACUGAACUCGGUGCUUUCGCCAAGCUCGAGCCCGAGUUCACUGCCCGUGGCGUCAAGAUGAUCGGUCUCAGCGCCAACGGUGUCGAGUCUCACCAUGCCUGGAUCAAGGACAUUGAUGAGGUCACCGGCUCCAAGCUCCAGUUCCCCAUCAUCUCCGACGCCGAGCGCAAGGUCGCCUACGCCUACGACAUGGUUGACUACCAGGACACCACCAACGUCGACGCCAAGGGUAUGGCUCUGACCAUCCGCUCCGUUUUCAUCAUCGACCCCAGCAAGAAGAUCCGUCUCAUCAUGUCCUACCCCGCUUCCACUGGCCGUAACACCGCUGAGGUCCUCCGUGUCAUUGAUGCUCUGCAGACCACCGACAAGCACGGUGUUACCUGCCCUAUCAACUGGCUCCCUGGUGAUGAUGUUGUCGUUCCUCCUCCGGUCUCCACCGAGGAUGCUGAGAAGAAGUUCGGUGAAGUCCGCACUGUUAAGCCUUACCUGCGCUUCACCAACAUCAAGAAGGAGUAAAUAUAUCACGAAUCAUGAUUUGAUGGAUAGACAAAAGGCUGUGAAAAUGAUCUUGUGAAGGUUAUUUGAUUGAUACCUCUUAUGAAUAUAAUCUUCUGUACAUUUACAUUCUCCAUCUGUUCCUGCAGUACUCUGUACAGGUGUACUCUGUGCUGCAUAUGUACUCCGUGCUCCGUAGCCUUAUAUAUUUAGACCCAUCGGAACCAGCCGACUAUGUAGAGUGACAAGCGAACCGUGUUUGUAUUGCUUUUUCCUCAAUUGAACGC